UAUACAGUUUCCUGCAAAAAAAGCUUCAAAAAAAGCUUUUAAGCAUGAGACGAUUGUUUCUUUUACUUUCUUUAUGUGCUCUCAUGUUACUUGAAGCAUACUGUUUUACAGAUGAAACUGAUAGACAAGCGUUGCUCGAGUUCAAGUCUCAAGUUUCUGAAGACAAGAGAGUCGUCUUGUCCUCAUGGAAUCACUCAUUCCCUCUUUGCAACUGGAACAGGGUUAGAUGUGGCCUUAAACACAAGAGAGUUGUUGAGCUAGACCUCAAAGGAUUGCAAUUGGGAGGGGUAAUAUCACAAUCUAUUGGUAAUCUUUCGUUUCUCAUAGCACUUGAUCUCUCUGAAAACUCUUUUGGUGGAAACAUCCCUCAAGAAGUGGGAAACUUGUUUAGACUUCAUUACUUGAAUAUGAGCUUUAAUUUUCUCGAGGGUGAGAUUCCUGCUGGUCUCUAUAACUGCUCUAGAUUGUUGGAACUUGAUUUAUAUUCAAAUCAUGUUGAUCAAGUCUUUCCUUCAGAACUAGAGUCAUUGACAAAGCUUGUUUCUUUAAGUCUUGGUAAAAACAAGCUGAGAGGGAAGCUCCCUGCAUCUCUAGGAAAAUUGACAUCCCUCAAGACUCUUGACAUUGGAUUCAACAAUGUUGAAGGAGGAGUUCCAGUAGAGUUAGCUAGAUUGACUCAAAUAGUGUAUAUUGAAUUAGCAGUAAACAACUUCUCAGGUGUUUUUCCUCCUACUUUCUACAAUAUGUCUUCACUUGAGUGUUUAGGUGUCCUUGGUAAUCGAUUCUUUGGUAGCCUAAGAUCUGAUUUUGGUGAUCUGCUGCCAAAUCUUCGCUGGUUAUCUAUGGGAAGGAAUCAUUUCACAGGAGCCAUUCCAACAACACUUGCCAACAUCUCGAAUCUUCAAAAGUUUGGAAUCAGCCGCAACAGUUUGACAGGAAGUAUUCCACCAAACUUUGGAAAAUUACAGAAUUUGCAAUACCUGUCUUUUCUUGGAAAUUCUUUGGGAAGUCAAUCUUUUGGAGAUCUUGAGUUUCUUGGUGCUUUAACUAACUGCACCAAACUAGAAACUUUAUUUGUUGGUGAAAAUAGGCUUGGGGGUCACUUACCUACCUCCAUCUCAAAUUUUUCUACAAACCUCCACAGCUUAGCCCUUGAUACAAAUUUCAUCUAUGGAAGCAUUCCUCAUGACAUUGGGAGUCUCAUCAGCCUACAAGGUCUUGGGUUAGAAAAAAACCUGUUAACAGGUCUAGUCCCAACCUCUAUUGGUAAGCUUUUAGAAUUAGAGGGAUUAAGUCUCAGUUCCAAUAGUUUGUCAGGAGAGAUACCAUCUUCUAUAGGCAACAUCACUCGGUUAGUCUCACUGAAUUUGGACAACAAUAGUUUCCAUGGAACUGUUCCUUCCAGUCUUGGUAACUGUAGUAACCUACGAUCGUUGAAGAUUGGGUUUAAUAAGUUGAAUGGGACUAUACCUCAAGAAAUUAUGAAAAUCUCAUCCCUUGUUAACCUAAGCAUGGAAGGUAAUUCAUUGAUUGGUUCUCUACCAAAAGACAUUGGACAGCUACAAAAUUUGGUUACGCUGUCUCUUGCGCAUAAUCAAUUAUCAGGACAGCUCCCACAAACCUUGGGAAAAUGUCUCUCGAUGGAACAGCUUUUUCUGCAAGGUAACUUUUUUGAUGGACCCAUUCCAGAUAUUAGUGGGUUGCUUGGUGUUAAAGAAGUUGAUUUGUCUAGAAAUAGUCUCUUUGGCAAUAUUCCUAGAUGUUUUGCAAACUUUUCUAAGUUGCAAUAUCUCAAUCUAUCCAUUAAUAAUCUUGAGGGGAUGGUGCCAACAGAAGGGAAUUUUCAGAAUGCUACUUUAUUUUCAGUGUUUGGGAACAAAAAUCUAUGUGGAGGCAUCAAGGAACUGCAACUAAAGCCAUGCCUUGCGCAAGCAGAACCAAUGGGGAAAAAGCAUUCCUCUCUUUUAAAGAAAGUUUUGAUCAGUGUAGGCAUAGGCAUAGCUUUGGUUUUGCUAUUUUUGGUAGCUUCAUUUUCUCUACUUUGGCUCAGAAAAAGGAAGAAGAACCAGCUGGUCAAUAAUACAACUCCUUCUACUUUGGAGGUCUUCCAUGAGAAGAUAAGUUAUGGAGAUCUAAGAAAUGCAACAGAUGGUUUCUCUUCGAGAAAUUUGAUUGGAUCAGGCAGUUUUGGUACUGUGUUUAAAGCACUGCUUCCGAUGGAGAACAAAGUUGUUGCAGUCAAGGUUCUAAACAUGCAGAGACGUGGAGCAAUGAAGAGCUUUAUGGCAGAAUGUGAAUCACUCAAGGACAUAAGGCAUCGUAAUCUUGUGAAACUAUUGACAGCUUGCUCGAGUAUUGAUUUCCAAGGAAACGAAUUCAGAGCUCUGAUCUAUGAGUUCAUGUACAAUGGAAGCUUGGAUAUGUGGCUACACCCAGAGGAAGUCGAAGAGAUUCGUAGGCCCUCAAAAUUCUUAACACUUCUUGAAAGGCUUAACAUAGCUAUAGACGUGGCUUCUGUGUUGGACUAUCUUCAUGUUCAUUGUCAUGAACCUAUAGCUCAUUGCGAUCUUAAGCCAAGCAACGUCCUUCUCGACGAUGAUUUAGUAGCCCAUGUUAGUGACUUUGGUCUGGCUCGGCUUCUCCUCAAAUUCGACAAAGAGUCCUUCCUCAACCAACUCAGCUCAGCCGGUGUCAGAGGAACUAUCGGCUAUGCCGCACCAGAAUAUGGAGUUGGAGGACAACCAUCAGUACAAGGUGAUGUGUAUAGCUUCGGGGUUCUCCUUUUGGAAAUGUUUACUGGAAAACGACCAACAAAUGAGUUAUUUGGGGGAAGUUUUACACUACACAGUUACACCAAGUCGGCGUUGCCAGAAAGAGUAUUGGACGUUGCAGACAAAUCUAUUAUUCACAGUGGUCUCAGAGUUGGUUUCCCUGUUGCUGAGUGUUUGACAAUGAUUUUGGAUGUGGGACUAAGGUGUUCUGAAGAAUAUCCGACAAACAGAUUGGCAACAAGUGAAGCCACAAAGGAGUUAAUCUCCAUCAGAGAGAGGUUCUUUAAAGCCAAAAGAACAACAAGACGUUAAAGUGUUUAUGGCUUUCUUUACAAAUUUUGCAACCCGCUUAAACGGCUUAAACUGAGGCCGAUAUAGUAUUAUUUUUAUAACCAGUUGUGUUUAUGUUUUCCUUUUCUGAGUGACCAAGAUGGUGUUUCUUAAACUUCCUGUGUUUGUUUUAUCUUUUUGUUUGCAGUUAUAUCUUUUUUUCUUCUUAAGCUCUCAAGUUCUGUUUUUCUUUUCCCUGAAAAAUAGUGAUGCAUGAGCUAAAUCAAGGUCUGAGCUGAAAAUGU